UUAUUUUGUACAACCAACGAGAAAACGAUAUGUGAUAACCAGUGGUUCCUGAGGACUGUAUCUAAUCUGUAGAAGUAGAAUGAAACGAAUCAAUCAGCUGUUUCCUCAAUUCUAGUGUGUGGACAAGUUGAACAUUGUUUGGGUGUGACUUACGUUCUCGUGAUACUUUUCCGUCUCCAUAUAUAACGAUUUCUAUGAUAUCGCAAUGACUGGCUGUUUCAUAUUCAUUAUAAAAAGGAAGCAAGAUGUUUGAAGGAUUAGUGUCGGAUUUGUUAAAUCGUGUCCUUGGGACAUACGUGGAAAAUUUAGAUGGAAACAACUUGAAGCUGAGCAUUUGGGGAGGAGAUGUAGAGCUUAGGGAUUUGGACAUAAAGAAGAGUGCCCUAGAUGAGUUGAAUCUUCCCCUCAGACCAGUCUUUGGUCAUAUACGUCGAUUAACAUUAAAGAUACCAUGGAAGAAUCUGUUUACAUCCCAGUGGAUUGCUGUAGUGGAAGGUGUAUAUGUGAUUGCUGUACCAAACACCUCUAUUGAAUAUGACAGAGAGAAAGAGGAAAAGCUUCAACAUGAAAGCAAAAUGUCUGCCCUUCAAAGAGCAGAGGAGGCAAGACAAAAAGCCAAAGAAAAAGAGAAAGGCUCUUCAGCAAAAACAGAAGAUGGAUUUACUGAAAAGUUACUGGCCCAAGUAGUUCGAAAUAUUCAGGUCACUAUUCAGAACAUCCAUGUACGGUACGAAGAUAAAGUCAGCUCUCCAGGUAAUGUGUUUGCAGUAGGUGUAACUCUGAGUGACUUGUCCAUGAAAAGUACAGAUUCUAACUGGAACCCUUGCUUAGACACAGACAAAUUUAUUUAUAAGCUGAAUAGUCUUGACAGUCUGUCGCUUUACUGGCAUGCGAAUGCAGAAAUGUUCAGUGAUGAAGAUUUGGGCUCCAAAGAUAAGAAAAUUGAGUGCCUUCAUUCACUUAUUGCUUCAAGAGAUAACAGUCCUCAGAAUAUGCAUUACAUCCUUGGGCCAAUAUGUUCAACAGCAAAGCUGACUUUGAAUCCUAAGCCAGAAAUUGGUGAAGUCAAGUUUAGUCAUCCAAAGAUAUUGCUUGACUUUGUCAUGGAUGAACUAUGUAUAGGUUUAAGUCGGCACCAAUAUGCAACUAUGAUGGCACUCCUUGAUUCAUUGGAUCGUAUGAAACUCUCAUCUUUGUUUCGCAAGUACCGUCCAAAUUUUAAAACCAUCAAAGGCCAUCCAAGAGAAUGGUGGCGAUAUGCAUAUAAAUGUUUGUCAGAAGAUGUCCAACGUAUCCGCAACAACUGGUCUUGGGAGCACAUUUCCAAGCAUCGAACCUUGUGCAAAAAGUAUAAGGUAGCAUACAAAGCCAAGCUAACAGCAAGAUCACUAAAUACUCAGCAAAUGCAAGAUAUCCAGGAGGGAGAAAAGAUCCUUGAUAUUUUCAAUAUUAUCCUUGUCAGACGUCAAGCAGAAAUGGAGGUGGAGCGUGAAGGUGAAAUCCGCAAGCAAGAACAGAAACAAAAAGGUUGGUUUGGAGGCUGGUUCUCUUGGGGAAGUCAGCAAGGUUCAGAUGCCAUUACAGAAGGAAGUAUUGUUAAGAAACUGGAGUCAGAAAUGAAUGAUGAUGAAAAGAAGUCUCUUUACAAGGCCAUUGGGUAUGAAGAAUCUGCAGUUUUGGCUGAAUAUCCUGAGGAUUAUGUUGAUGUUUGCCUUCAGUUCUUAUUGAAGGAUCUAGUGCUCCUGAUAACUGAUGAGGAGUCUGGAGGAGCCAUUGUUACCAAGGCCAGCUUGAGUGAUGUCUCUUCAAAAGUAAAGAAGAGAUCUAGUGCAGAUGCUGUCAGGAUUGAAGCAAGUAUGAAGAGUUUUUAUGUUGAGGGUUUUGCUACAUCAGAUUCUAAGCCUCAGUUGGUUUCAUCAGAAGGAAGCCCACUUUUGGAAGUGAUGCUAGAAACAAGUCCAUUGGACAAAAGAUGUGAUCAAAGACUUAUUGUAGAAGCUCAACCUCUGGAAAUUAUUUAUGAUGCAGAGACAAUCAACAGACUUGUUCAAGUCUUUGCUCCACCAAAGAACAUUUCUUUGCAACAGCUGCAGGCUGCUGCUCUCAAUCAGCUGGAGGUUGUCAAGGAACGUAGUGCCACUGGCCUUCAGAAUGUUAUUGAUAACCAAAGUAUCUUAGACUUGGAUGUUUGUUUUGCUGCAUCCCAUAUAGUGAUUCCAGAAGGAGGACUCUAUCAACAAGGCUGUUCUGCGCUUGUGUUGACCUUAGGUAGCAUGAAAAUGAUAAGUGUACCACGUGAUAGAAAAGCUCCUGGUGUGGCAGAUCUUGUUUCAUUAGGCUUAACACAGCAAGAAGUGACUGAGGCGAUUAGAAAUUCCUCUUAUGAUUGCUUCACCAUUGAGUUAAUAGAUAUACAGGCUGUCAUUGCUUAUGAGGACGAGGACUGGAGACCUUAUUUGAACUGCCAUAAUACAACAUCCACUACUCCCCUUCACCUUCUUGCACCAACAACUCUCCAUGUAGAUAUGUUCAAGUGUCUACUAACAGAUGACCCAAACUUAGCCAAAGUAAAGAUUAAUGCUUCUUUACCUAAUGUGGCUCUUUCAGUUAUUGAUGAAAGAUUGCUACAUUUAGCUCACAUUGCAAACAGCAUUCCAAAAGCUACAGUACCUGAAGAGUCAGAGGAAGAGAAAGUAGUAGAUCAAGACAAGGACUUGAACAUGAAUCUUAUUAUGGAGGGUAGAGACAUUGCUAGAUUGGAACGAACAGAGUUGAAUCCUAGUGGGGAACAGCAGAAUACACCACAGUUUACAAAUUUGUCUGUUAUCUUUACAGUAAAUGAGAUCAGCCUUGAAGUGAAGAAAGCUACAAAGGAGAAAGAAGAACCAUUAGUAAAGCUUGCUGCUCUCUCAGCCAGUGUGGAACUUACUCAGAAGACAUUUGACUUGACUUGUUUGAUUAUUCUUGGUGGAGUAUUAGUGGAGCAUAUGGGACAGCAUGAUUGUCAGCGGCUUCUAAGCACCCCAAUGGCUGAUGGAGGCUCCCAGGCUCUUCUUACACUGAAAUUUAUCCAGGUCAAUCCAAAAAGUCCAGAUUUUCGAAGCAAGUACGAAUCUACAUUACAGCUCUUAUGUGUAGACGUAAGCCAUUUGAAAGCCCGACUAGAACAAUCUGCCAUACUAAGUAUACUGACCUUCUGGGACCAGUUAUCUCUCAGGCUUUCAAAGGUAGGAGUAGCAAACCAGAGCCCACAGAAGGGCAGUAGUUUUGAGGCAACUGCAACAAGGCCAGAUUCACUUGAACAAGCAUCGAUAGUGACACCCAAGAGUCUUACUAGUCAAGUUGAUAAGAAAUCAACAUCUGAGUUAUCUGAGACCAAGGACCAAAGUUCCAUAGGUUCCUCAAAGAAAAAGGAUGCCAUGGAUGUUGUAAACUUACGAGUUAUUUCCAAGUUAGGAAAGGUAGCAGUUGUAAUUAGCCUUGGGAAUCGAGAAGUAGCCAAAGUUGAUGUUGCAGGUUUGAUUGUUAAUGUUGAAAUGAAGGGAGAGGACAUUACGAUCACUUCAAAGCUAAAGGAUUUUACUGUCAUUGAUCCCUCACCUCCAGCACUACAUCCAAAGAUUGUUGAGGUUGUUGGAGCAGAAGCAUGGGAUGCUGAAGUGUCAGUUUAUGGGAGGGCUACAGAAGGCCUACAGUAUUUGGACAUGAAACGAGUUGACACAAGCAUCACACUCACCUUUGGAUGUGCACGUAUUGUGUUCCUUAAUAAGUUUGUAAUGGAUGUGCUGAAUUGGGUUGAUAAAUUUCAAAUGGCUAAGGCUGCCAUUGCUUCUGCUGGUGUAGCAGCUGCAGCAGCAGCUCAGGCUAGUUUACAGGAUGCUUAUGCGCAAUGUUCUCGUGUCAGCCUAGCUUUAACUUUGAGGGCUCCUCUCAUCCUGAUUCCACAAGAUUCACGUAGUUUGUCAGGACUUAUGGUUGAUUUAGGUCAGAUUACUAUUAAUAAUAAGUUUGAACUUGGAGAAGAACGCAACGAACUAGGCUACCCUGCCAUAUAUGACAAAAUAAAUUUGGAGUUACAUAAUGUCAAAUUAUCAAGAGUUGAGCUCAGUGAAAAUGGAUCAUUGGACCAGGAAUAUGAGUUGUUACAGCCAAUAUCCUUGACCAUAUCGGUAUGUCGCAAUCUUACCAUCUCAUGGAAUACCCAGAAACCUGAAUUGGAGAUUAAAGCUCAUCUUAAACCUAUUAAGGUCUCUCUUAGUGAAGAAGAUCUUUUGGUAACGUUAACUGUACUUCAGGACAACUUGAGUGAGCAGACCACUUCAUCAGUUGCCAGCAGCACUGGUCUGCCAGUGCAGACUGUACAUUGUCUUCCAAAAUCUAAAACACUAACCAGCCUAUUCUCUGCAAAGUCACUACGAGAAUCAGCAGAAACAAGUCAUGAUGUAGAACUGGCUUUAGCUGAACAUGGCCUCAUCUUUACAAAAGUGAAAUUUUCCUUCACAAUUGAGACCAUAUCACUUUCACUGUUAACUGGUGGACAGGGAUUAACUAGAGCAGCAUCAGUGUCUAGUGAAGCAAGUAAUGUAUCAAAACCAAGCUUUUCCUCAGCAUUAGAAACACUUCCAGCUGAAACCCCAUCAGCCACAUCUGAAGACUCUUCAGUCACUGCAUUGGAAUAUGUGUCUGCAUCCAAUUUACCUAGAGUAGCUAUGAGUGGGGGAAAGCGAUCACAGAAUGUGCAUCAAUUUUCACUUUCUAGUGAAAAUAGCUGUGGUGGAGGCAUGAGAAAGACAUCCAUUACAUCUGGAAGUGGCCUGUCACCUUUGAGAGCUCUUGCUGAGUUGAGUCUACAAGUGGUAACACUGAAGGGAGAAAUGUUGUCAGACAGCUCUCUCAGUGCUAAUCUAGUUCUAUAUGACUGCAUCCUACAAGACAGUAGACCAGGACGUGAUGGUUAUAUCACUAGAAUGAUGCAAAGAAGUAAGAAAGGAAGUUCGGGUAUGAUAGACCUUACAUACAGGCAGGGCUCUUCCAAUGACACCUUUGUUGAUGUUCGAAUAUCAGAAUUUACGUUGGUACUGCACUUGCCUUAUCUCCUUAGCAUCCAGAGAUUUUUCACGGAUAAUCUCCCACAGCAGCCACAGAAUAGACCGGCUAAAGUAAGGGAAGUUAAGAGGCAAAAGAGUUAUAAUUCAAAUAAUGGAGAUGUUCGACCUCACAGCCUAAUGACAGUCCGGAUAAAACUUGAAAAACCAGAUAUUGCUUUGGUGGAAGAUGUGUCUACAACAGAGACUUCUUGCAUUAUUUUGCAUGCUGAAAUGAAUAGUGAUGUGAAAAUAACGCCAACUGACCAAAGCAUCAAUGCUUGCGUAACCAAUAUUCAAAUGUACACUUGUUGCUAUAAUCCAGAUAAGAGGAGAGAAACUACAUCUCAAAUUCUGAGCAGAUGUGAAGUUAAUUUCCAUAGCAGUGCUACUCCAAGUCAUGCUGAUCAUAUAGAUAUUAAAAUAAGUGACAUUGACCUCAGGGUUUCUCCAGGUACCAUUGAACUACUCAGCAAUAUUGCAUUGGGCAUAUCUAAUUUAGAAAAAGAAGAAAUUGAUACAUCUAAUGUUUUCAAUAAUUGGUUUGAUUUAUGGGCUCCAAAGCCACUAAACCCAUCUGAUUUUCCAUUUUUAAUUGUUGAAGAGGCACAGGAGGCCAUGAUUGGAGAUGAAGAAAAUGCUUUGAUUCCUUGCCUAUCUGGACCUGGUGGGGAAAUGGCUUUAGUAGACAUGGAAUAUGUUCUUAUUACCUUGGAGGCAGGAUCAGGUUCGGCGCCAAUUCCUUUAGUUAAACUUCAAGCUAGUGCCUCUAUCACAUCAACUGGCUUCCGAUCACAGAAGUUGGAAGUUAAUGGGAAUUCAAAGAUUGAAUUGGCAUAUUACAAUCCUCGUUUGGCUGUCUGGGAACCAUUGUUAGAACCAGUUGAGAUUUCCGAUAUUCGAGGAACUCCAGAAUUUCAUCCAUGGGAACUUGAUUUUGAGAUGUCGCAAGAGCUUACUUCUAGUCAAGUCAAUACCCCAUCAUUGAGUCCAGCAGUAUCUCCUACCUCAGCCCCGGACAUUGACGAAACUGAUUUUGAAGAACUGGCUUUACAGCAGGCUGUAACAACUCUUUCAGUUACUGCAAGAGCACCUCUCCAGCUAACAAUGACAAGAACAUUUUUCGAAGUUUUGACAUCUCUGUCAGGGGCAUUCACUGAUGCAUACAAGCGCCAGCUGACUGCAAGAGAUACACUUACAGCCCCUUACCGCAUUGUUAAUUACACGGGCAUGCAUAUUAAUGUAGUUGUGAAAGGUUCUGAUUUUCAGGUAGCCACGGAAGGGGGAGAAAAUGUUGAUGAAGUGACUGUGGAAUCUGGAGCAGAAGUAGAGGUGAAGCAAGUUAUUCAAAAACAUACAAGAGCAUCUUCCCUUGUUUCUGACUGCGUUGCUGACAAAGAACGCACAAUUAAAAUAACAAUUCCUUCUUUAGCCUCAUCAUGUAACAUACCAGUGUCACGAGCAGACAGGCGAUAUUUCCAGAUUGAAAAUAAACGAAGUGGGGAAAAAUGGGGCUUGGUUGUGGCUAUAUCAGUUAAUGGGGGAUGUAGAAUCAUUACUCUCAGCUCAUGUGUACAGGUGAAAAAUAAUCUUGAUGUAUCAGUCGAUGUUUAUUAUAUGACUGAACGUGGUAAUGAAGUAGAGUUUGUUCUUACAUUGGACCCUGACAAAGAAGCUCUGCUGCCACUUCGUGCAGUUUAUACACCAUCAGCAGAACUUUUCUUUUCUGUUGAAGGUAAUGAUGCCAUUGGCCAAUACACAGGCCAACCGGUGUGGCAUGUCCCAUUUGUGUGGCGAGGCCUUCAAAAUACUCCUGGCUAUACUCAAGAACUACAAUGUUUACCACGUGAUGUUCAUGAGGUUCAUGCUGUUCCCUUCUACAUAUCGGCUACUGGAGAUGUUGAGCAGAUUUUGUGGGAGAAACCUAAUCGAAGGGGAACAAUGUCCAGCGCUCUACACAAAAUUCAGCUUUGGCCUUGUAUAAAGCUCACCAAUGCAUUGCCAAUUCCAGUUGCCUUAGAACCCCCAGGGACGCUUACCAGUAGAGUUUUAAUGCCAGGGACUUCUGUUCAACUCACAAAAGCUCGAUUAGGCUCUAUGUAUUUGGAAUUGCAGCUCAUGGAUUAUCAGUAUCGUGAUUGGAUUUGUGGAAAAGCAAUUGAAGCCAAUCCACCAGAGCUUAGUGUCUGGACUUUUGAAUCACGUGGAGAUCAGAUAAAUGGACCACUUUAUCUGGAUCUUGGCAUGCAUGUUUCCCGAACCAAAUCCACUCUCUCUCUUACGAUAUAUUGCCCAUUUUGGAUGGUCAAUAAAACUGGUCUAAUGUUAACUUACAGGAAGUCCCGAAAAAUUGAGAGAUCUUCGUCUACCUCUUCUGCUGAAUCUGCUAGUAGUCCUAUCAAGGGAGAUGCUUUGAACAACAUAGUCGUCCAUGAAGAAGACAACCAUGAGCCUGUCCUCUUUUCCUUCAAGUCAAAGUCAUUUUUUGGGAAAAAGAAAGCAACAGUUAAGGUGAAUGACAGCGACUGGUCGGAGAGAUUCUCCUUAGAUGUUGUAGGAAGCUCUGGAUCCAUCACAUGCAAAGGCCCAUCAAGAACUUAUCAGCUUGGUGUAGAUGUUAAACUUGGUAAUUCAGGUUUAACCAAGUUAGUCAUAUUUGCACCAUUCUACAAAAUUUUGAACAAAGCCAAAUAUGACUUGGAAGUUAUAGAAGUAGGAGUUCCAUCAGCAGAAUGGUUUACUGUCUUGUCUGGUGAAUGCAUUGGUUGGUGGCCAGUAGGAAGUGGGAGGCUAAUCCGAGUGCGAGUGCGUGGGACUGAAGAGAUGACACAGCCAAUGUCCUACCAAAGACCUCUUGCAAUUUUGUUAAAAAUGUCUAACAUGUAUGGUGGUGUAAUGACUGAAGUGAGCCACUCAGAGGGUGGCGUGCUAAUAACUCUUGAUGAAUGUUUUGAUGGUGCUACCACAGCCUUAAUCAUUAAUCAGCUGACAAACACAACAUUAACCUUGUGGCAGGAUGACCAAGAGGCAAAGAAAUUGGAAUUGGCACCACAAACAGUGCAACAUUACACUUGGAGUGUCCCAGCUGCAUCUGAUUUGAAAAUGGCUUGGGCAUGUGGGGCAGGCAAACCUACAAUCCAUUCUCUUGAGAAGGAUGACCAAGGAACGAUGAAUGAUAACACCAUUCAUUGGGUUGUAUUUUUGAAAGGCAAUCAGAGAUGUCUGUUGUUUACUGAUGAUAUAGAAAUAGCAUCAGCUGCUCUGAAUGCUGUUGAAUUGGAACGAAUACAACAGGAGAUAAAAAUAUCACUAAACUGUAUAGGUUUGUCAUUAGUCAAUGAUAUCACCAGGAAGGAAGUUACUUAUAUAAGUCUUGCAAGUUCUGGUGUUGUAUGGGAACACUGCAAAUUAAAAGGGAAAAAACAUCGUCCCUUCACUCAAGAUCAAACUGAAAAUCUUGAAAAAUGUUACCAGAUGUAUCAGAAACUGCUUCAGGGAGAUGUUCAGUCCCAUGUCAUCAGUCAUUAUGUCAUAAGUAAAAAUUUAGAGGUUGAUUAUAUCACCAUGACUGUUAGUAAACCAUUCAACAGAAAGAUAAGAAGGACUUUUCACCCAGGCGUUUGGCUAGAGUUCCGAACAUCUCCACACCAAAGGCACAUCCAUUUCAAAAUAAACAGUGUCCAAAUUGAUAACCAGUUAGGGGGAUCCAUGUUUCCAGUUGUGUUUGCCAGAGUGCCUCCGCCUCGCAGUGUUAUGGCAGAAACAGUUCCUAAACCAUUUUGUGAGGUUAGCAUUGUACAACGAUUGACCUCACCCGUCUUCACCCAGUACAAGUAUUUUGCUGUCCUAGUUCAAGAAUUUCAUGUGAAAGUAGAACUUCCUUUUGUGUAUGCCAUACAGGAAGUAGUUUUCCCUGCGUCAGAGACAUCUAACAACUUAUAUUCACCUAAAGGUUAUGAUCAGGACAUCAGACAAGUCAGAGAACCACUGCAAGACACUGUCAAAGGUCAGGUGUCUGGUGGGCAGAAAGAUUACUUUGAUCAUCUCCACCUAUCCCCUAUCAAGAUGCAUUUAAGCUUCUCACUAAGUGGGACUGAAUCUGGCUCAAGUAUACCAGUUGCAGGACAAGUCCUUCACCUAUUCUUAGAGAGUGUUGGUGUCACCCUAACAGAGGUCCAGGAUCUAGUCUUCAGGUUAGCAUAUAUGGAACGCAUGCACAUCUGGAUGAACUGGAAUCAGUUUGUUCAAGAAUUAACAAGUCACUAUGCUGGACAAGUGAUAAAACAACUGUAUGUUCUUGUGCUUGGAUUAGACGUCAUAGGAAACCCAUUUGGACUUGUUGUUGGACUUACCAAAGGUGUUGAGGAUCUUUUUUAUGAGCCUAUUCAGGGAGCCAUUGAAGGUCCAGGAGAAUUUGCUGAAGGUAUUGUAUAUGGUGUGACAAGCUUUCUUGGCAAGACCGUUGGUGGAGCAGCAGGAACAGUUUCUCGUAUUACUGGUACACUUGGAAAAGGUAUUGCAGCACUAACCUUAGAUGAUGAUUACCAGAGGAAAAGAAGAGAAGCAAUGAAUCGAAAACCAGCAGAUGGUUUAGAAACUAUUGCAAGAGGAACCAAAGGAGUAGUCACUGGUGUAUUUGAUGGUGUAACAGGUGUAGUCAUGAGACCAAUUGAAGGUGCUCGAGAACAAGGUGUGGAAGGAUUUUUCAAGGGAGUUGGAAAAGGAAUGGUUGGACUUGUUGCUCGGCCAGUCUCUGGUGUAGUAGAUUUUGCCAGCACAUCUUUAGAUGCUGUUACCAGGGCAACUACUUCUGGAGAUGAGAUAGCACAGCGACGUCCUCCAAGAUUCAUUAGUUCAGAUGGAAUUGUUCGUCCAUUUGUUAAACGCUAUGCAGAUGGGGCAAAAAUGCUAAAGGAAUUGGAAAAAGGUCGAUAUGCUGAGACAGACGUUUAUGUUGCUCAUGCAUAUGUGACAGGUAGCAAGUCAGUAUUAAUAGGAACAGACAAACGUGUAAUGUUUGUUACACGUAAUGAUAUCAUGGGACAUAUUAAGGUGGAUUGGGUUCACAUUUAUGAAGAACUUUCUGAACCACCGGUACUUACCCCUAAAGGACUUCGUUUAUCAGUAAAGCAAGAAAAAAAAAGAGUACUGGGGGUAUUUGGUGGAGGUGACAACUCGAAAGUAAUUCACUUGAAUGAUCCAGACCAGGCAAAAUGGUUCCAAGAGGAAAUUGCAAGAGCAUACUUGAAGGCCAAUCCUCCUGCUUCCUGAGGAUACGCUAAGGAGUCCUCUGACACCCCAGUGAAGACUACAAAUUUUUAUUCUCAACCAUGUGUUUUAUUUUUUGUUUGUUUCUUGGGUUGGGGUUGGAAUGUUGUAACUUUGACCUUCAAAGAUAUUUAUUUGUUUAAACCAUUAGAUUUAAGGAACUUGUAUUCAGACUGAUCUAACACACAUGACAAUUUGUAAUAGAUCCAGUUGAACUUUACCAUUCAAGCAAGUCUCUUGAUCAGGAUCAUAAUGUUUUACUGUUCAUGUGGCAUUAUUUUUUAAGUGAUACUAAAUUCUUACUAUGCAUUCUCCAGUUUUUAUGUCUACAUGUAUAUUUUUUUAUGACUUGAGAAGAGGUAAAAAGGUUAAGUUGCAGAGGCUUCAUAAUUUUCUCUUCUUGUGGCAUAUAUACACAGUACUGUACUUUUUAUUUUCAAUACAUUCUUUUAUAUUUAAAACUCAGAGGACUCACUUUAAUGUAUAUGGUAACUUCAAUUGCAGUAUACUUCUGAAACAAAAAAUACUGUAUAAAUAGGACUUUAAAAAGCCAAGAAAGUUUACUUUUCUGUUGGUAGGGUAUAAACUGGAUAUUUUAUCAUAUUUUCCUUGGCAGUAUUCUUGAUAUUAUUGUAGUUUACCUAAAAGAGGGUUUCUGGUAAUGAAUCUCUUGAUUACCUUUUAUGGAUGUAAUUCUUCUUUCUGAUUGCACAAUUUAUAUUUUAUAGUACAACAUUUUAUUUAUUCUCAUUUGCAUCUAGAUUUAGUUAUUUGAUAUGUAUGUAAUAUGUAUAUACUUUUAAAAGUAAGAUUUAUAGUUUGUUAAAUUUUUGUACCGUUUGAGUUAUCAAAUUUUCAUGGGUGUAUAAUAUAUGUAAUGCCAUAAAAAAAGUAUUUUCAUUAGUUAUUGGCAUGUACAGUAAUAUGCUAAAUGUCUCAAGGGCUCUUUUUACUGUCCAUUUUCUUUCCUCUGGUCAUGUAUGAGGACACAAUGAUCAUUUUACUUUCUUUAUGCUCUCUAUUAUAAUCAAUGAAAAGAAGUUUUAAAGAUUGUGAACUUGAAAAUUUGGACAUAAUAAACACAGCGGAAAAGUUAAGAUGACCAUGGCUUUUCUUUACUUCAGUGUGUGUUCAUAAUGAAAGAAUAGGAAAACCUUUGGCAUUUAGUUUGUGUCAUCCUCCUUAUAAAUUUGGUGUGAAGUCAUUAAUAUAAAUAUACCAGAAAAAUGUUCACUAUUUCAUGCCUUUUUAUUCUAUGAUGAUUCCUUUCAUUCUAUAAUGAUUUUAACACAAAGUCAGGAUAUUGUGAACAUACUUUUUUUUUUUUUAGUAAUAAGUUUGAGAAAAUAUAUAGCUAAGUACUUGCAAUGUUCAACAUAUUCACAUAAUAAGCUUUCAGGUGACAUACCAGAGAUGCCUUAUGGUAAAAACUUGUUUUGCAUUUGAAUUUUUCUGAAUAUAACUUGCUGGCAGAUGAAUCUCAAUUCAUAUAAUUGAGAUAAAACUCUUAAGCAUUGCAUUUAAAAUAUGCACAAUAAAAUUACAGCAUGAAUAACAUUGUCAAGCCUUGAAGUAUACCGUCCUUUUGACUUGAAGAAUAAUCUUUCCAAGGCUUGAGCUGAGUGUUCUUACACACUGAUAAGCUGUAAUAAUGACCCAAUUUCAUAUGAGAACUUGAAUAACAAAUGUUGCAGUCUGAUGUUUAAUAUAAGUGGGUAUUUUAAUAAACCCCUAAGGAUUUAGAAAUACAUGCCUUUGCUUUUCAUGUCAAAUUUAAGGUGGUAAUAUCUUAAUUUUUGUACUUAAAAUACAUUCCUUAUUCUUUAGGCAGAAAACAUCUUCCAUAAUAGGUACUUUCCCAUGCAUUCUAGAAGGACUUAAAGGGAAGAAUAGGUAUUAUGUGGAAGGCAUUUUGAUAUAACUUAUAUGUGUUAGGAUAUAUGUUUGCUGACAGAGUUUGUUAUAUGGGAAUUCCAUACCACUGUUCAACAAUGUGUAUAAACAGAAGUAGGUUUAUGCUUUUGUAAAUAUGAUUUUUGUUUUGUGUCUUUGCAAAAGGGAAACUAUACAAGUUUCAUGUUAACUAAGGUAUUAAAAGUUACAGAAUACAAAAACUGCAUAUUUCUUGGCUAAGUACUUCAAAUCAUGUACUGUAUAUAUUUAGAUAAAUAUAUAGAAAUAAGCCCCCAAAAGAAAUUUGUGAGAAUCUAGAACAUUUUUAAUUGACUGUUUUCAGUUACUCAAGAUUUUAAUAUCAUUAAGAUAUUUAUGUAUGUAUAUACAGAUUAAACCUGCCUUUUGGGCCUGCUGUGGAAGUUAAGAAAGUUACCUAUGCAUCACAAAUAGUUAUGAAAUAAUUAGCUAGUCAUGCAAUAACAUGUUACAAAAUAUUUUUCCCACCUUAAUUUCUUAGCAAUUUACCUCUGCCCUGCAAACUUUGCUUAAUACAGCACAUUAAAAUGUCUCCAGUACCAUAUAAGAAGUAAGUUAUUGUUUCUUGGUGAACCAUAUGCCCUUUACACAAAAUCAUUUAAUCUAUUAAAUCCUUCUAGACUUGGAAUUAGCUUGAUUCUUAAGUCCUGCUUUAGAACAGAUUAUUUUAUAGAUUUAUGUUUCAUUCUAGGUCUAAUUGUAUAGAGUAUUAAACAGCUCUUCUUUUUGUUACUUCAAAUGAAAUGUUAAUGAAAAGAUGCAUUAUAAGAUUAUAUUUACCAAAAAGUUUCAUUCUGGGUCUAAUUAUAUAGUUGUAUAGGGUAUUAAACAGCUUUUUUUGUUACUUAAAAUGAAAUGUUAAUGAAAAGAUGCAUUAUAAGGUUAUAUUUACCACAAUGUUGUUUUGUUAAAUCUUAUGUGCACUACAUAUCGUAGUUCAAAUUUAUCAAGGUGGAAAUUUUGACAAUGUUCAAUAUUUUCAACCUAUUAUUAAAUUGAUAAGAAGCUUU